CAGCAGGAGGCGGAGCGAGUCCAAAAUGGCGGCUCUCAGGCUGGCGCGCUCCGUGCUGCUGAGGCUUUGAGGUGGUCGCCAGGGGUCGGGGGGACGAUUUCCCCGCCGCGGGGGCCCCAGAGGAUGAAUCGGGGGCUCUGCUAAGGUUAGGCGGCGGGGGUGGAGAGAAGUGGCAGCAAGGACUGCGGUGGAGUCCACGGAGCGGGAUGUGCGAGAGUUACUCCAGGUCGUUGUUGAGGGUCUCGGUGGCGCAGAUCUGCCAGGCGCUGGGCUGGGACUCGGUGCAACUGAGCGCCUGCCACCUCCUCACGGACGUGCUGCAGCGGUACCUGCAGCAGUUGGGACGGGGCUGCCACCGGUACUCUGAGCUGUACGGCCGAACAGACCCAAUUUUGGAUGAUGUUGGUGAAGCUUUCCAACUUAUGGGGGUUAGUCUCCAUGAACUAGAAGACUACAUCCACAACAUUGAACCCGUCACCUUCCCACACCAGAUUCCUUCAUUUCCUGUUAGCAAGAACAAUGUCCUUCAGUUUCCUCAGCCUGGAAGUCAAGAUGCAGAGGAAAGAAAAGAAUACAUUCCUGACUACCUGCCACCCAUUGUGUCUUCUCAAGAAGAAGAAGAAGAAGAGCAGGUGCCCACCGAUGGGGGCACAUCGGCAGAGGCCAUGCAGGUUCCCUUGGAAGAAGAUGACGAGCUGGAGGAGGAGGAAAUUAUUAACGAUGAGAACUUCUUGGGUAAGAGACCGCUGGACAGUCCGGAAGCUGAAGAACUGCCUGCCAUGAAGCGGCCUCGCCUGAUAAGCAGCAAAGGAGACACCCUGGACGUGGUGUUGCAGGAAGCCCGAGAACCGCUCAGCUCGAUCAACACCCAGAAGAUCCCGCCAAUGCUCUCUCCCGUCCACGUCCAGGACAGCGCGGACCUCGCGCCUCCGUCACCAGAGCCGCCCAUGUUAGCUCCGGUGGCAAAAUCACAGAUGCCAACCGCAAAGCCACUGGAAGCAAAGUCGUUUACCCCCAAAACAAAGACUAAAACUACUUCUCCAGGACAGAAGGCUAAAUCGCCUAAAACGACUCAGUCACCAGCAAUGGUCGGAAGUCCUAUUCGGUCACCAAAAACUCUAUCCAAAGAAAAGAAGUCUCCUGGACGUUCUAAGAGCCCCAAAAGCCCCAAGAGUCCCAAGGUUAUGACUCCUCUCCCCCAAAUCCCCAUCAGACCUGAAACACCAAACAGGACUCCUUCAGCCACAGUAAGUGAAAAAACGAGUAGAGAGACCAUUCAGGUAAAACAAAUACAAGCUCCCCCCGAUGCUGGGAAACUGAACAACGAGACUCAGCCGAAAAAGGCCGUCGUGACCGAUAAGACCAUUGACGACUCCAUCGAUGCCGUGAUUGCGCGAGCUUGUGCCGAGCGGGAGCCAGAUCCUUUCGAAUUCUCCUCUGGAUCAGAAUCAGAAGGAGACCUUUUCACCAGCCCGAAGAGAAUUUCAGGUUCAGAAUGUACUACUCCGCAAGCUUCCGCCUCCUCAAACAACUUCCCCAAGUCAGGGUCCACGCCUCGGCCUCUUUCGGGCGGAACCUCGAGCUCUGACAACUCAUGGACCAUGGACGCCUCCAUCGACGAGGUGGUCAGGAAGGCCAAGCUGGGGACGCCCCCCAGCGUGCCCCCCGGCUUCCCUCCCAUCUCCUCUCCUUCCAUCUCUCCUCCCACCCCCGAGCCUCUCCACAAGGUGUACGAGGAGAAGCCCAAGCCGCCGUCCUCCGCAGACGUCAAAAAGAAGUUGAAAAAGGAACUGAAGACGAAGAUGAAAAAGAAGGAAAAGCAGCGAGACAAGGAGAGGGACAGGGACAAAAGCAAGGACAAGAGCAAAGAGAAGGGGAAGGACAAGGAGAAGGAAAGGGAAGCCAGCAAGGAGACCAAGCAUCCUUGGAAGGACUUCCUGAAAGACGAGGAGGCCGACCCCUACAAGUUUAAGAUCAAGGAGUUUGAGGACGUGGACCCCAAAGGGAGAUUGAAAGAUGGACUCGCGAGAAAGGAAAAGGAGAAGCAUAAGGAUAAGAAGAAAGACAGAGAAAAGGGCAAGAAGGACAAAGAGAAGCGGGACAGAGAGAAAGCGAGGGACAGAGGGCGGGAUGAGAAGCUGAAGGUGCCCUCCGGCGCCCUGGCGCUGCCCCCGAAGGACGCGGCGCUGCCCCUGUUCAGCCCCACCGCGGCCCUGCGCGUCCCCGCCACGCUCCCGGCCCUGUCGCCCCUGCUCCCCGAGAAGCUGCUCGAGGAGAAGGAGAAGCCCAAGGAGAAAGACAGGAAAAAGGACAAAAAGGAGAAGAAGAAGAAGAAGGAGCGGGAGAAGGAGAAGGAGAAGAAGGAGCGGGAGCGGGAGAAGGAGAAGAGAGAGCGGGAGAAGCGGGAGAAGGAGAAGGAGAAGCACAAGCACGAAAAAAUAAAAGUGGAGCCGGUGGUCCCGGCCCCCAGCCCGGUCAUCCCCAGGCUGACCCUUCGAGUCGGAGCGGGCCAGGACAAGAUUGUCAUCAGCAAAGUGGUCCCAGCUCCUGAGGCGAAGCCAGCGCCUUCUCUGAACAGACCCAAGACGCCGCCGCCUGCGCCGGUCCCCGCCCCGGUGCCCAUGCACGUCAGCCCUGCCCCGGUGCCUUUGCCCCUCCUGGCCCAGUGCAGCGCGCCCCCUGCCGGCCUGCCAGCCCCGCCUCCCGCCGCCGCGGCCGCCGCCAGCGCCAAAGCGCCCGUCCGCAGCGUGGUGACCGAGACCGUGAGCACUUACGUGAUCCGAGAUGAGUGGGGGAACCAGAUCUGGAUCUGCCCGGGAUGCAACAAGCCGGAUGAUGGGAGCCCCAUGAUCGGCUGUGACGGCUGUGACGACUGGUACCACUGGCCCUGCGUCGGGAUCACGGCCGCGCCCCCGGAAGAGAUGCAGUGGUUCUGCCCCAAGUGCCCCAACAAGAAGAAGGAGAAGAAGCACAAAAAGCGGAAGCACCGGGCCCACUGAGCCCGGCCCUGCGCCCACGCCCGCCCGCCCGCGGCCCGCCUGUCGCCUCCCGCCGCGUCCCCGAGGACGGAACGCCACCCUCCCCGCCGGCCGCUCCUGCACUGGGCGGCCCGUGGCCACGCGCUGGGGACCCGAGGGACACCCCCGCGGAGGCGGGAGGCCACGGCCGCCGGCCCCCGUUACCAGUGACAAGUAUUACGAGCGAAGAGCCCGCGCGCCCCCCGAGCCCCCGCCUCCCCCAGGGCCUUGGCCGCGAAGAGGCCGCGCGCCCCGGGCGGUGGCCGCGGUGCGUGUGUGCCCCGCAGCCCGCCCUCCGCAGGCACAUCCCCCAGACCAGAAAAGACGGCUCCAUCCAGGUGGAGUGUCCGCAAUAUUUUUGUGAUGAAAAUAUAUGAAGCUCCCCCUCCCGCCCUGUUUUUAGUACUAACAUAUAAAAUGUGCAGGCUUUUUGUGAAAUACCUUCUAUUUUUUAAGAAAAAGGUUUCUAUCAUGUCCUGUUCACUUCUGUGCCUCUUCGUUUCGUUGACUCUCGCGUAUUCUCUGUCUCCGUUGCCUCCUGACUUUGGCCCUUCUCUAAACUGCUGGCGUUCUUCUCACGGCUUCUGCAUGUCAUCACCUUGUACAAAAUGCUUCAGACCAGAGGCUCUCCCCGAAUGUAAAUAAUAAAUAUUUAUGAAGUAGUUAUUUUUAAAAAUUUUUAUCGUCUUUAAUUCUGGCUUUCUCUGAAAUCCACUGUGAUUUCAGCCACGUCUGUCAUUUCUGCUGUACAGAAGCAAAGAAGGCGAGAACAAAACAGCCCCAGGUCGUUCAGAGUUACCUGCCUUGACCUGAAGCCACGGCAGUGCCCAGAACCCUGAGGGAAAGGACCCUAGCAGUUGGAAGAAGAACAAGGCAGUUUAAAUCUGUGGUUUAUGAUUUGAGAUUGUUUUGUCAUCUCUUUUGUGUCUGUACAUUUCUUUGACUUACUUUCGUUUCAAAGGACAUGUAGAUUCCCUGAAAGUAAAAGAAAAAAAAAAAAGAAAGAAAGAAAAAACAUAUACUGGAGCAUUUUGUGUUUAUAUUGUUUUAUUUCUGCACAUCUGUUCAUUGAUAUUGUGGUUGAAGGCUGAAAUGAAGUAUAUUAUGAAAUUUUUUUUAAAAGAAAACUCAUCAAAUUCAGGGUAUCACAAAACUUUAUUAUAUUGCUAGACUGCCCACUAUUUAUUAUAUGUUAUAGAUCUGAGAGAGAAACCAAAUGUUUUAUUUUUAAUGUAAAACAUCAAAUUUAAUUUUAUUAGCAUAUUUUAGCAACUUUGGAAUAAAUAUGGACUUUUACUUGAUUUUGAAGUAAUCCCGAUUGGGGCCAGUGUAAUGGAUAUCGUGAAUGCUAGAAUAUGGGCUUUGAACCUAAUACAAAUAUAUUAAUAGAAAUUGUGAUUUUUUUAAAUGCCACGUCAAUUGAUAUUAGUGUAUGAAUUAAUCAUAUUUUAAAACAUAUUAUGUGGUUAGAGAAAUGAGCUUUUCUGCCAUGAAUGUUAAAUUGCGACUCGGUGGAAAUGGAGUCACCCUUUCAAGAGUGCAGUAUCUCAUUGCCCUCCUGUUUCCAGAAGCCACGAUUUUUCAAUCCCUACAAAGAAACAAAGCCUCUAUGUUGAGAUCUGUGUUUUUGGUUCUAUUAAUUUGAGAUCAUCCUAAAUACUUUAUACAAUAUUUUCACAUAUGCACAAAUCUACCCAUUAGUGCUUUUUGGAGAGGGCUGGGGGUGGGGAAGUGCAAAAUAAAGAUUAUUGGCUAUUUCAUA